AUGCCGCAUCCAGAGGACCCAUGGACGGAACAGACGUUCGAUCACACUAUCAGCGAUCCGGUAUCUGAUUUCAGGACUACCACGAGCGACGAGCCACCUCUCGCGCAUCAUUCUGAGCGUCUCGGAGAUGCGAGCACUGGUGAGGAGGGGAAGAGUGAGGUCUCGACGGAGCAAGCAGACGAUGGCCACACAAAGCCAUCGAAGCGAGAACGUAUCAAGCGCCUCGGCCAGAAGACGAAGUUGAAAGUCAAGAGAGCCGUAGGCGCCGAUGAUACCCGGGAAAAGAUACAGGUAGAGUACGAUGGCAUUCCCGACACCGUCGAGAAUGAUCCCGCGUUCAACCCUCAGAAGAUAUUCGGCGAGCAGCAAACCGUCUCUGACACUGUCGAGAAGAGCCUCGGAGCACUGAAGAAGGCCGCCCAUGUAGUCGCUCAUCCCAAAGAAGCGCUACAGCAUCAGGCUGCCUCCAAGCUGGCCACGUCUGAGCAUCCAUACCUUUCGCAGAAAGCGGAUGCUAUAUUCCUCGAAGCUCAUGAAGAACUGAGUCGGGCACAGUCGAGUGCCGACGGGUUUUCAGACGAUGAAGAGCGCGUGGAGCAUAUGAGAGACGUGGUCGAAGAUAUAGAGCACCACAGGGAGAGCAUGAAGGUGGCAUGGACAACGAGCAGAUUCGUCUACCGCGCGCGGACAGUGCCAAAAACCAAGAUCGAUUAUCCGCGCAAGCCAGACUAUCGGGAGUACGACGAGAACGGCCAAUACGUCCGAUUUCGGUGGCCGGAGUAUAUUGGUCAUCACCUUCUUUACGAGGUCCAAACCUAUACGAGCCAUUAUAUCGAUGAAGUGGACGCGGACGAAUUACCGUUUGACCGCGAUGUCCUCGUCAAGCACUGUGAACGACUGAUCAUGGCUUCGUCGCCAUGGCAGUCUUGGUUCGCUAGCCUCCGCAAGGUCUACACUUGGGAAGAUCCAAUGCAUACGGCGAAGUGGCUCGCAAUCUUCAGUCUUCUAUGGGUGUCCGACUGCGUCAUAAGUUUCUUCUGGGUUUACAUCGUAUUCAUAGUUGUAGCAAAUCGAUACCAAGCGCGUUCUGUCGACAGCCUGCGAGCCUCGCACGAGCGAGCGGUGGACGAGAGCACCAGCGCGUUCAUGUUCGGCGAAAUCAUCAAUCGGCACGGCAGCGGCGACUGGAUUGAACCCACCUUGAAUGAGAUCGGUCCGUGGGCGCAGAUCCAGCUCAGUGAUUUGGCGGACUUUUUCGAAAUCAUCACGAACUUCUACGAGUGGAAGGAUCCUCGCAUGACGGCAGCGACGGUCUUCUUCUUCUCCUGCUGCGUAGCCCUCGGCCUCCUAACGCCGACGGGUUGGUCGAUGCGCAGCGUGACACUGAUAGGGAUUUUGAUUUUCUUCUUCUGCAGGCCUAUUGCAACGAGGUAUCCCAAGUACAGGCACAUCGUCUCUCCUAUCAGAUAUAUCUUCUGGGACAUACCGACCCAUGCGGAAUGGUCUUUCCGCUACCUCCGAAGGUACGCUCAAGAGACCCGCGAGAAGAUCAUCAACCGUAAGAUCGAGCAGCAAUUCCAAGACGAGGAUGGCAGCCUCAACCCGACGGUAGCUCCGCAGAGUCAUGCUAUUCCAAUGCUUGUAGAGGCGAGCUCCGCCGGCGGGCCCUACGCAACUGAUGAGUCCGACGAUAGCGCGGAUUACGAGACUGCCGAUGAAGCGUUCUACGUGUCUGAGGAAGCUGACUUCCUCUCCUUCCGCUGCCGCUGGCACGGCCAAGUCGGGCAACUAGCCAUCUACACAGGUGGCAUUCGCUUCAUCAGGUCUUUCCCGAAGAAAGAACUGUGGCGGAGACGUUACGCGGAGCUGGUAGAGCUGAGGAAGCUCAGCACUUCAGCCAAGCUCAAGCUGGGAAAGACGGAUAAGUUGCUCGAAUUUGCCUUCACGGACGGUACGAUAGAUCAGGUCGAGGCGAUGAGAGUAAGGGAUGAGGCGUUCAAUACCAUUGUUGGGUUUUCGGGUUUGAGGUGGCAGGUACUGCAGCCGCUGGCUGGCGGAGGGACGUCGGCGGGUGGGGAGAAGGAUAUGAGCGGGAAGAAGGACGGGUCGGGGAAGCCCCCAGGUGGCUUCGUGGAUGGCGUUGGUAAGACACUGAAGAAGAUCUUUUGA